GGAGAAGAAGAAGAAGAAGAAGAAGAAGAAGAAGAAGAAGAAGAAGAAGAAGAAGAAGAAGAAGAAGAAGAAGAAGAAGAAGAAGAAGAAGAAGAAGAAGAAGAAGAAGAAGAAGAAGAAGAAGAAGAGGGGUGAGGGGGGCAAGGAUGCCCCCUUAGUGAUUAUUGAUGAACUCCCUUCGGGCAAGCCCUCGGAUUCCCUCCCCCAAGUGGAUCUUGAUGAGGGGGCUUGGCCCCUGGAAAAGGUGCAGUUCCCCAUCAAGAAGGGGACAGCUAUUAUGCAUGGCACCCUUGAUCCGAGGGAGUUCCUGAGGGGCUCCACUCCCUCGCUGGAUCGAUCAACCCUUGGCAAGUUCGAGGACGAGUCUCUCGAGCUUAAGGCCCUUCAAGCCUCGGUCACGUCGAGCAUUGCCCUCGGGGAGCUAGUCAGGAGGGCGGAACAGCGCCGUGUUGAAAGGGCGAAGUCUGAUGAGGCCAUGCGGAAGCUGAUUGCUAAUAACACCGAGGCCAUCAGGCAACUGGCCGGUUUGGAGGAGGCCCUUCGGCAAUCUGAUCAGAGGCUAGAGGCUGCCAAAAAUGAGGCCAGGGCCGAGGGCAUCGCUAAUGGGAAGGCUGAGGCAGAGAAAGCUGCCGCCGAAGCCGCCAAAGCACCCGCCGAGGAAGCUGAUAAGGCCAAAGCCGAAGCCGUUGCUAAAGCCGC